GGAUAUUUUGAUAUUGGGCCAGCCUGUACCGUUUAAUCACCUACACCUAUCAUCAAUCUUCAAUCUUCAACAGUGCCACCGCCCUUCUUGACGAAGUCACUUCUCUCUGGCAUGCAUACUUGCAUUGGCCUUUCUCAAUCACCCCUUUAACGUCGAGGCGGCUUUUAUAAUAAUUCAAUUCCACUUUGACCCUCUCCCCACCAAAGCUGGAGCCUGAAUCUCGACACAGCUCUCCAAUUCUACCAUACACCUCUUGAACUUGGAUCUAAGCUUCUUCCAACCGUCCUCCUUCCUGUCGGUUCCUUCUAUACUCGUCGUACCAGAUACGAAUUUACACCGGCGGUCGGGAACCGCACCAAUUGCCCAGCAUGUCGACCUUCCUCGAAAAUGCCUACAGCUUGGUCCACCAGGACAAUGCUGCAGAUGUCCCUAGCAUGUCAGACCUGCGCAUACAAUUAGAAAAGGGUACAGAUGAGACAAAAGUCGAUACCAUGAAGCGCAUCUUAACUAUCAUGUUGAACGGCGACCCUAUGCCUCAACUGCUCAUGCACAUUAUUCGAUUCGUCAUGCCCUCGAGGUAUAAGCCACUAAAGAAGCUAUUGUACUUUUACUACGAAAUUUGCCCCAAACUCGACUCAACUGGCAAAUUAAAGCAAGAGAUGAUUCUGGUGUGUAACGGUAUUAGAAACGAUCUUCAACACCCCAACGAGUACAUUAGAGGAAAUACGUUACGCUUCCUUUGCAAGCUACGAGAACCCGAGUUAAUCGAACCCCUACUAUCCUCUGCACGAGCCUGUCUCGAACACCGUCAUGCUUACGUCCGAAAGAAUGCUGUCUUCGCCAUUUCUUCUAUUUACCUACAUUCACAAUCCCUUAUCCCUGAUGCUUCGGAUCUAAUCGCUACCUUCCUCGAGACCGAGAGCGAUGCUACUUGCAAGCGCAAUGCUUUUGCCGCUCUCGCAAGCAUCGACCAUGAGAAGGCUUUGGCCUACCUAAGCUCCGUUUUCGAAGGAAUCCCGAACGCCGAGGAAUUGCUGCAAUUGGUGGAGCUUGAGUUUAUUCGAAAAGAUGCAGUUCAAAAUUCCCAACACAAGGCCCGGUACUUGAGACUUAUCUUCGACCUCCUUGAGGCCGGCGCCUCUACCGUCGUAUACGAAGCUGCCUCAUCCCUUACAGCGCUAACUAGCAACCCCGUCGCUGUCAAGGCUGCCGCCGCCAAAUUUAUUGAGCUCAGUAUCAAAGAGGCCGACAACAAUGUUAAACUUAUCGUACUUGAUCGAGUAGACCAGUUGCGACAAAAGAAUGAAGGUGUAUUGGACGACCUAGUAAUGGAGAUCCUCCGUGCUCUCUCUAGCCCCGAUAUUGAUGUCCGACGAAAAGCUCUUACUAUUGCGCUAGAGAUGGUAUCAAGCAAAAAUGUAGAAGAGGUCAUUCUACUGCUCAAGAAGGAGCUCUCCAAGACUGUCGACCAGGAAUACGAAAAGAACGCCGAGUACCGCCAGCUCCUUAUCCACUCUAUCCACCAGUGUGCCAUUAAGUUCUCCGAGGUCGCGGCAAGCGUAGUCGAUCUGCUCAUGGACUUCAUUGCUGACUUUAGUAAUACUUCCGCUGUCGACGUUAUCUCUUUCGUUAAGGAGGUUGUCGAGAAAUUCCCUAAGCUACGACCAUCUAUCGUUGCCCGAUUAGUCGAAACCCUCGGUGAGGUAAGAGCAGGAAAAGUUUACCGUGGAAUUAUCUGGAUUAUUGGCGAGUACUCUCUCGAAGAAAAGGAUAUCCGAGAUGCAUGGAAGAGGAUACGCGCGAGCUUGGGUGAAAUUCCCAUCCUUGCUUCCGAGCAGCGACUGCUAGAUAAUGUGGAUGGCGACGAGGAGAAAGAGAAGGAACAAGUAAACGGUCACUCGAAGUCGACAGCACCAUCAGGCUCGAGAAGAGUACUCGCUGAUGGUACAUACGCUACUGAAACGGCCUUGACUAGCAGUUCGGCUGCUGCGGCCAAGCUGGAGGCUGUCAAGACUGCUCAAAAACCCCCUCUACGACAGCUAAUCCUCGAUGGCGACUACUACUUGGCCACUGUUCUCUCAGCAACCCUUACCAAGCUCGUCAUGCGCCACUCCGAGAUAUCCUCAGACAAUGCUCGAACGAAUGCCCUAAAGGCCGAAGCCAUGUUAAUUAUGAUUUCUAUCAUCCGUGUCGGUCAGUCGCAAUUCGUCAAGGCCCCUAUCGACGAGGAUUCCGUCGACAGAAUAAUGUCCUGUGUCCGAUCCUUGGCCGAAUUCUCCCAAAGAAAGGAGCUCGAGACUGUAUUUCUUGAUGAUACACGAAAGGCUUUCCGAGCUAUGGUCCAAGUUGAAGAGAAGAAGCGAGCAGCUAAGGUGGCUUUUGAGAAGGCUAAGACUGCUAUUCAGGUCGAUGAUGUUGUCCAGAUUCGGCAAUUAUCUAAAAAGAAUGCGGGAGAUGGCACCGACGAGAUCGAGCUCGAUUUGGAGAAGGCCACCGGUGGAGAGGCCGUUUCUGAGGAUCUAUCCUCGAAGUUGAGCCGUGUCGUCCAGCUUACUGGUUUCUCCGAUCCCGUUUACGCCGAGGCUUAUGUGAAAGUACACCAGUUUGAUAUUGUCCUGGAUGUUCUUCUAGUGAACCAAACCACCGAGACUCUACAAAACCUCUCGGUCGAAUUUGCUACACUCGGUGACCUCAAGGUCGUCGAAAGACCCACAACACAGAACCUUGGUCCUCACGACUUCCACAACGUACAAUGUACCAUCAAGGUUUCCUCGACAGAUACCGGCGUUAUAUUUGGUAACGUCGUAUAUGAUGGCGCUCACAGCACUGACACUAACGUUGUCAUUCUAAACGAUUUACAUGUCGACAUUAUGGACUAUAUCCAACCCGCGACAUGCACAGAAACACAGUUCCGCACGAUGUGGACUGAAUUCGAGUGGGAAAACAAGGUCAACAUUAACAGCAAAGCCAAGAGCCUCCGAGACUUCUUGGAGCAACUGAUGGCCUGCACAAAUAUGAGUUGCCUGACACCCGAAGCUAGUAUGAAGGGUGACUGCCAAUUCUUGAGUGCCAACUUAUACGCCAGGAGUGUCUUCGGUGAGGAUGCGCUAGCAAACUUGAGUAUCGAAAAAGAAGGUGAAGAUGGGCCAAUUACUGGAUUCGUCCGCAUAAGAAGCAGGUCGCAAGGCUUGGCCCUAAGCCUAGGUUCUCUUAAGGGGUUGAACAAGAUUGGGACUGCGGCCGCUUGAUCUGGAUGAAUGGAAUGCCCUUAAAAAGUAGAUAAUGUUUUCUCAAUCAUCAUGAAGUUCACUAAAAUCCUGGCGAGACAGGGAGGUGGCAUGUUUAUGUAUGUACCUAUUCGCAAAACGAAGCAUAAAGGCGGACUUGCGAAAGGUCUAUGAAACUAGAAAGUUGGUAGUAGUGAUAUCCACGAUAACGAUGUCUCAAGUGCUCAAGUCGAGGUAGCAUGGAUUGAUGAAAAAGUUAUGCUAGGGUACUUAUUGAAGUGUGGUUUAGAUAAUGCCAAUUAUUUCAUCAUGAAGUAUUCAUAUCUUCAAUAUCU